AUUGCUGCCUGUUUUGGAUUUGCGCUCCUAGUUCAGCUUCCCCUCAUCUGCUAUCUGGUCAUCGAGAAGGUGGAACUUCCUAUCAUCUCCUGUGGGAUUGUACGUGCAAUGCGACGUUCAGAUGGUUUCCGUCUCGGGCACACGGAACAGCCGGAACAGCAGAUUUUGAAGAAUGAUGGCCUCAAAGAGAGCACCUACUUCAACUCUCGUGUUUCGCGACGACUCAAACUGACCCGUGGUCUGCUAAUGGUCAUCGUCACCUGCUCUGUAAUCAUGCUGCCUCUAAGUAUUGCUCAGGUCCUUUCCAUACCCUUUUUGCGUCACCCCACUUGUGUCUGCAUGGUCGAAUUUAUCACUUGUUUCUAUAUGGUGGCACUUUGA